UGUAACCUUUCACACAUAAACUCUCUGUUGUCUUUUCCCCGAUUGUGAACUCUGACUCUGACUCUACCUCCCCCGUCUCUCCGUUUGUCUCUAAGGCGUUGAGGCAAAGCUGGACGAAAUCAACAAGCUGAAGGUGAAAGGCCUGGUUCUGGGCCCUCUUCACACCGUCCAGGCCGACAUCCCGGAAACCCUGAAUCUUCAAGAGAUCGACCCGACCCAGGGAAAAGUGGAAGCCCUGGUCGCUGUGCUGGAAAAAGCCCACAAGAAGGGCAUUUCUGUGGUGCUUGACCUGACUCCAAACUACCUGGGAGCGUCUUCCUGGUUCAGAUCUGGUGAUGUUGAUAACGUGAUGGAGAAAGUCAUGGCCGCCGCGGAGUAUUGGCUGAAUUUAGAUGUUGAUGGCAUCAAGGUAUCUGACCUCACCGUUGCUGCCAGCUCUGUUGAUUGGUCCAAGCUGCAGUCUGCCGUCCAGAUCAACAGCACCGACAAACCCAGGAAGAGGCUGCUGAUGGGUGUGGUUGAAGGUAUUUCGGCUGACGCGGUGUCUCAGCUUGUCAACACGACUGGUGUCGAUCUGGUUCUGUCUGACCUGCUCAGCACCAAAAAUGGAGGUGUGGAGCGCAUCAUGGCCAUGGACACCCUCAACUCUCAGCAGAGAAGCCUCGGCUGGGGUCUGGGCGCCGCCCAACGCGACCAGCUGGCCAAACAGGCGACGACUCCGGGCCUGAUCCGCCUCUACCAGCUCCUGCUGUUCACCAUGCCCGGAACCCCAGUGUUUACCUACGGGGAUGAGAUCGGCCUCCAGGCAGCAGCCGGUGCCGGAUCUCCCGAGAUAGUUUGGAACAUAGAGAAGGAACCUGUUGAAGGAGCAGCUGUCAACGAAACAGAGGAGGCUGAGCGGACGGAGCGCGUCUCCAUAAGGAAUUGGUUCAAAUCCCUCAGCGAACUGCGAGGAAAAGAGCGCUCCCUCCUCCACGGAGACUACUACUCUCUCUUCUCCUCCACCUCCUCCCUCUCUUUCCUCCGAGUGUGGGACCAGAGCGAGAGAUACAUAACGGCUGUCAACUGGGGCUCGGCGUCCGAGCUGCUCGCCCUCAAACUGGCACCCACAGAAGGAGUGGAGCUGCCAGAGACGGCCACGGUGAAGCUGUCGACUGAUGCGGACCUGAUGGUAGACUCUACAAUCAGCCUGGACAAAAUCACCCUAAAACCCAGAGAAGCCAUCCUCCUGCAGUUCCCCUAUACAGGCUAAAGAUGGAGCCAAAGUAUAAGGAAAGCUACCUACAGAUUAGACUUGCUAAAUUAAACUACAGUCUGUCCUAAUCCUUAGGAAUAAGGUGGCAUAUUCAAAAGAUACAGGAUUUUUAAAAAACCUUUUUAAUAGAAAGGACUGUUCAGAUUAUUUAGUCAGAAAAUAACGUAAUUGGGUCGAAUUUAAAUCUGCCAUACAAAUACAGACUGUUGGCCAGUACGAGCUCCGUUCAAUUCGUUUUGUUUUCAAGAUGUUUAUAACACCAUAUUUUGUGUUCACUGUUGUGUCUUUGUGCGAGGAAAAGACCGCAGCCAACUCAGACACGCUCCUGUUCACUUGUGAUCUUUUAUUGUUGACUAUCUGUGCAUUGUCCAAAAUAUGUGAAAGACAUUCCUUUUUUUUUUUUUUUUUUUUUUUUUUUUUUUAUUCGACGGGCAUUUCUUUGUUUAGUUUGUCAGAACUUUUAAGAUUCUGUUUUAGUGAAAAUCUUGACUUUCUUUCAUGGACUUUAUUUUAAGUUGACUCUGAAUGUGUCUGUUGACUCUGUUUGAAGUCUUUUGAGAGUUUUAGUAAACAAAAUUGUUGCGAAUGGCAUCAAGUCGGUCAGGUGAACUGAAUUCGAAAUGAAUAAACGGAAAGUUCUGUACCAACUCCUGCGCACUCGUGUUUCUGUGUGUGACAACAUUCUUCUAAGAGUGGGUUCUGUGUUUAAGAUAAUAUCAGACGAGACGUUCUCAGUACGUACAGGUGUGCAAGUGUGUCGCAGAUGUUAACAGGAAGCGCGUCUAUAUUUAAUCAACGUGUUAUCGGCUCAUUAUACUUGACUAAAAUGUACGCUGUGCACAUACCUACGGGUUUCUCUAAAUGGGUCAUACACUGUCUUUAAGUGACUCCAGUCAUGCACCUCCAUCCUUGCGUCACGUUUCAAAAAUAGCAGAUGUGUUAAUGUUUAACGCUGAGCGACAUCACCGCUUGUUUCACAGUGGUCCCUGAGACCGCUCUUGUUAAUAUAGUGAUUUAUAGAAGAAGGAAAAACCUUCCUGUGUUAAGAUGAAGCAGCGUUGACAAAAUCAGGAAGAUGAAUGAGAAAUAUCAGAGACACAAAUAUAUCCUCUCUGUACGUACUUCCCAAUUGCAUUUAUAUAUGAAUACUUUAUCUUGUGAAUAAAAGGUGGAAUUCA